CACAGGUCCAUGGAAUGACUUUAAGAGUCAACAUUAUGGUCAUGUUUGGGUUCUUCAUUCUGAUAUAUAUAUUUUUUUUAGUAGAGACAACGCACUUGCUUUGUGGAAUGAUUUAGAUUCACUCCAGCAGCAAAUUAAUGCCUCUCACACUCUCUAACCUCAGAUUUGCAAAAUUACAAAAACCAAAAUCCCAUUUAAAGUUGCUGACUUUAUUCUUCUGGGUAGGUAUGCUAGGGUUCUGAAGAGCGAUUGGAUUUUGAGGUUUUUACUUCUUCUGGGCAUGGAAUUGAAGAAGGAGAGGCUUGUCAGGUUUUAUUCUGAUAAAAAACACCAUAGAGAUUCUAUAUGGGACAGAACUGAACCGUAUCGUCUCGAAAAGUCGGCCUCUGCGUAUAGGGUUGCAUCAUCUUCGUUGCUCAAAUCUGAUAAUGGACUAGUGGGGGGCACACGCAGAUUUGCCGAAAAUUUCAGAAUCGGGCAUUCAAAGGUGUUUCCAGAGGACCAUGAGCCGUGGCGCAAGAGAAUACUUGACCCAGGUAGUGAAAUAGUGCUGCAAUGGAAUCGAGUUUUCAUUGUCUCGUGCUUGGUUGCACUUUUUGUGGACCCAUUGUACUUUUACUUGCCCAUGGCUCAAGGGAGUGAAAACAGUUUUUGCAUGAAGACAGACUUGAAUUUGCGAAUUAUUGUGACUUUUUUCCGGACUAUUGCGGAUUUCUUCUAUUUUUUGCACAUGAUUAUAAAGUUUAGGACGGCUUAUGUUGCACCAAGCUCCCGCGUUUUCGGGAGGGGUGAACUUGUCAUGAACCCAAAGAAGAUUGCACAGAGAUACAUUACAUCCGACUUCUCCAUUGAUCUCAUAGCCACAUUGCCACUUCCUCAGAUAGUCAUCUGGUUUAUCAUACCUCCCCAAAAUGCUCAAACAGAUAGCACCAACAAUGCACUAGCACUAAUUGUUCUCCUCCAGUACAUCCCCAGAUUAUAUCUGAUUUUCCCCUUAAGUUUGCAAUUAAUCAAAGCAACUGGAGUGGUGACAAAAACUGCUUGGGCAGGGGCUGCAUAUAAUCUGCUAUUAUACAUGCUGGCCAGCCAUGUAAGUUGGUUGUGUUGUCUUCUCUGUCUCUCUACCAUCCCCUAUUUUCUGGAAGGAUAUAACAUUUUUUUGCUGUUGCAGGUUUUAGGGGCAGCAUGGUAUUUGCUAUCUAUUGACCGGUAUGCCUCAUGCUGGAAAACAUUUUGUAAAAAGGAACUCAGCCCCGUAAAAUGCUUGCCUAACUAUUUAGAUUGUAAUACUGUUGACCAAGUUCUUCGCAAGACAUGGGCAAAUGGUACAAAUGUUUUUGAAAAAUGCAAUCCCGAAAGUAACAUAUUCAAAUAUGGUAUAUUUGGAACUGCACUCACAAAACAUGCUGUUUCGUCCAACUUCAUCACAAAGUACUUCUAUUGCUUAUGGUGGGGUUUACAGCAACUAAGUUCGUAUGGGCAAAAUUUGACAACGAGCACUUUUAUUGGAGAGACAUCAUUUGCCAUUCUCAUUGCGAUCGUAGGUCUCGUCUUAUUUGCCCACUUAAUUGGGAAUAUGCAGACCUAUCUCCAAUCAAUUACCGUGAGGCUUGAGGAGUGGAGGCUUAAGAGAAGAGACACUGAGGAAUGGAUGGGGCAUCGUCAACUCCCUGAAGAUUUGAGACAACGCGUUCGACGGUUUGUCCAAUACAAGUGGCUGGCUACUCGAGGAGUUGAUGAAGAAGCCAUCCUUCAUGGCUUACCUGCUGAUCUUCGCCGUGAUAUUCAACGCCACCUAUGCUUAGAUCUUGUUCGACGAGUACCUUUCUUCUCACAGAUGGAUGAUCAGCUUCUUGAUGCAAUAUGUGAACGUCUUGUUUCCUCCCUAAGCACAGCAGGCACUUAUAUUGUCAGAGAGGGUGAUCCAGUGACAGAAAUGCUUUUCAUUAUUAGAGGUACUCUCGAUAGUUCUACUACCAAUGGAGGCCGGACAGGUUUCUUCGAUUCAAUAACAUUAAGACCUGGGGACUUCUGCGGUGAGGAGCUACUUGCAUGGGCGCUGCUCCCAAAAUCCACUGUCAACAUGCCUUCUUCAACAAGAACAGUAAUAGCACUUUCUGAAGUUGAAGCUUUUGCAUUGCGAGGUGAAGAUCUGAAAUUUGUGGCCAACCAAUUUAGACGCCUGCACAGCAAGAAGCUGCAGCACACUUUUCGGUUUUAUUCUCACCAUUGGAGAACAUGGGCAGCCUGCUUCAUACAGGCUGCUUGGCGUCGCCACAAGAGAAGGAUGAUGGCAAAAGAUCUCAGCUUGAGGGAGUCCUUUGCUUUGGAUGAGAAAGUAGCCUAUGAGACAGCACAAGAGGAAGAAGAAGAAGAACAUCAUUCUGCUGGUUCAAAUUCUUCGCAAGCAAAAAUGAAUCUUGGGGUCACACUACUGGCCUCAAGGUUUGCUGCAAACACAAGGAGGGGUGCUCAGAAGAUCAAAGAUGAUAUGCCCAGGUUACCAAAACCUGCAGAACCUGACUUCUCCACUGAGCCUGAAUAUUAGUUGCUUGAAUUAGGCUGUCGGUUCAAUAUAGCUGUAUAUUUUCUGAUAUGAUAGGGGUGAAACGCUAAGAUUUCUUGGUACCUUUUAGUUGGGACUGGGUAUUAUCAGCUUUCACCCUAUUCCCUGCUGCUGCUUGCCAUGGCCAUUAUAUAUAGAUAUCCUCAUAAUCAGAUUGGUGGAGUUUGCCUUUGGAUUAGACUCGAGUGUUUUAUGGUACAAGAUAUACAAAUCUGAUGUCACUUCAAAGAAAUCAGAGCAACAGUUGUUACCAUAAACUGAAUGGUAAAUGAUGUAUUACCUGAAGAUGUAUGAAAGCUUCUAUCCGGUCUUUUGGCUCAGAUUGUUGUCUAACCUUGACCAGGAAACUUUAAAA